UCGCGCGAAGCUCACGAAUCGACGUUGCCGUCACUUUACAAGACAUCUCGAUCCUGGUUGUUUCCUGUUACGUCCUCAUCAUCAUCUUCGUGGGUCUUCUCUCGGCUGUAUCCCGGAUUUAUUCCCUCCUUCAAUGUCGAUAAAUGGUACAUUAAUUUCGUCUUUUCAAAAGGAGUCUUUCUUCUCGCCCCGCUUUAGACUUGUUCUUUUGACACUGGCAGAAAAGAGGCUCUGAAAAGUGCGAAAUCAAUAUACCAGGAAGGCCAGGCUUCUGAAGACCCUGCAUUUGUGCUAGUGUAACUAGACUUUGCAGUAAAUAUGGUUCAGCACCUUCACUAUAUUGAGGGAGAAUGAGUGUACCAAAAAGCUCGGUGACUUCUUUUCUAAACCCUACGUUAGACUGGUUUCUCUCGGCUGUGGGAGGUUAGGAAGUUUUCUUAGCUUUACUUUUAUAAUGAGGGGAAUAAAUACACCAAGAGGCUGUUUGAGAAGGUUUUCAUUUCUUAACCCUACUUAAGACUUGUUCUUUUGAUGAUGGACGGAGAUUGACUUCAAAUGGCUGGACCAAUACGCUAGGUGAUGAUGAGGAUGAUUACAUUAGUUCGAUCAGGAUGGUAAUAAGGGGAACGAAUGAGAGGCGGGUCUUUGAUAUGAAGACAGAAUGAUGGGAGAGUGUCGUCUAGUUUUGUUCGCAGGUGAUUAAAUGCUAACGAAGCCGCAGAAUGAAAGACGAUGAUAAUGUCAAGUGGGAACGGGGUGUUGAUGGAGGUGCAAGGAGAGAGAAUAGCGGUGGACGAAUGUUGACAAGUCGAUGCCGACCCCAAAGGAAGGGGUGCCAAUGGAAGAUGAACUGGGCAGUCGAAGGUUUACUUUUGUCAUUGGAUAAUGGAGUGGCGUAUGCGGAAAUGAGGGGUUCUUUCGGUCUUUGGGACGACGGAGUGAAAGCAGAGUGUUCUCCAUCCACAAAACCUCUGUUUGUCAUUAAUCAAAGAUUGCUUGAUUACCUUCCUUACGAAAACUCUGAAAAUAUCGAGAGGAAAGAGGAAGAGGAAGAAGUAGAAGACAUAAGAUUAGGAAGGAAUUCAGGAAUUAAUUUCGGUAUGAAGUUAGUGGGAAGCCAAGAAGAAAUGCCGGAGGAAUCGAUAUUCAACUCGCUAUCUGAAGAUAAAGGGGUGAGAGGGUUUACUGGUGGUUCUAUCGUUGUGUCUACACUCCUGGGUACAAUAAUUAUAAAAAUCCUUCUCUAGUCUAUAGCUCCAUUAAUACCUAUCUCUCUCUUAUGGUAUUUCUCACUACAAUUUACUUUAAGUGAGGAGGAAUGGAUUGUCUUUAUUAUCAAUUCACACAAUAUGAGAUAAC